AUGGAUCAAAAUUUGUAUGAUGAAUUUGGUAAUUAUAUUGGACCAGGAUUUGAAGAUGAUUAUGAUAAUGGUUUUAAUUCUGAUAUUUCAGAUACUGAAUCCAAUUAUAAUUCCAAUCAUAAUAAUAAAAUACAAGAUUCUAUAGAUAAUUCUAUAGAUAAUUUAAAAGUAGAUUCUGUAGUAGAUUCUCUAAAAGAUUCUAUUAAUUCCCUAAAAGAUUCAGUAGAUUCUAUAAAUUCUCUAAAAGAUACGGUAAAUGAGGAAGAAGUAUAUAAAGGAGUAGAAGUAUAUAUUAGAGAAGAAGAUAUACAAACAAUAGAAAUACCAAUAAUAAAAUCAAAUGAAAUAAAUAAAAGAAAGAAAUAUAAAUUAGAUUCAGAUAUAACAUUAAAGAAUUUUCAUAUAUUAGAAGAGAAUUUACCAGAAAAUAAAUUUAAUUUUCAAUUUCUAUCAUCAAUUACUAAAAACCCACAAUUUAUACGUAAUAUUUGUAUUGCUGGUAAUUUUCAUGAUGGUAAAACUACUUUUAUUGAUCGUUUAAUAGAAUUUACACGUCAACAUACCCAUACCCAUACAUUUCAUACCAAUUCUCACUAUAAUACCAAUAAUUCUAAUUCUCCAAAUAAUAGUACAAAUUCUCAUAAAUCUACUGUAAAGUAUAAUAAGUAUAGUAAUAGGAAUGGUGAUAUGGAAUAUAAUAGAUAUAUGGAUAAUAGAAUGGAUGAACAAUUAAGAGAAUUGAGUAUAAAGAGUACACCAAUAUCAAUAAUAUUAGAGAAUAGAUUAUAUGAGAAGAUAAAUGAAGAGAGUAAUUAUCCGAAAUAUAAAUCAUAUUUAUUUAAUAUAUUUGAUACACCAGGACAUGUGAAUUUUAUGGAUGAGUUUGUAUAUUCUUUAGCUAUUUGUGAUGGUUGUGUAUUAAUUGUUGAUGUAUUAAUUGGAUUAACUAAAGUAACUGAACAAAUUAUUAUUCAAUGUUUACAAACUGGUGUACACAUGUGUUUAAUUUUAAAUUGUAUUGAUAGAUUAAUAUUAGAAUUAAAAUUACCACCUGCUGAUGCUUAUCUUAAAAUACAACAUACAAUUAUUGAAAUUAAUCAAUUUAUUUAUUCCUCCAGUACGGUGCUUGGUCACACAGGUACUACUAGUACUAAGGUUAGUAGUAGUAAUACUAAUACUAAGGAAACCCAUUUUGGGGAUAAGGAAACCCCUUUUGGGGGUACCUUAGGACCAAGCACCGUAACGGAAUUAUUUGAUCCUAAAAAUAAUAAUGUAGGAUUUGGAUCAAGUAAAUUUGGUAUAUUUUUUACAUUGAAAUCAUUUGCAACUUUAUAUACAAAUGAUAAUGUAACACAAUUCUCGAAAUUGUUAUAUGGUAAUUAUUAUUAUGAUCCUAUACAUAAUAUUAUUACUACCAAUAAUACUACUACUAAUAGUACUCGUACUAAUGGAGUGGGUGUUAAUGGUAUGAGUGAUGGAUUGGAUGGUACGAGUGAUAGAGUUAAUGGUAUGGAAGAAGGAAAUAACGAAAUAGAAUUGGAAAGAACAUUUGUAGUAUUUAUAUUGGAACCUUUAUAUAAAUUAAUAUCACAUAUUGCUAGUGAUGAAAAAGAAGAUUUAGAUCUUAUAUUAUCUGAUUUAUCCAAUUCUUUAUUCAAUACUAAAUUAACACAUACUAAAAAUACGAAUUUUAAUACUGAAGAUUUGGAUACUGAAGAUUAUGAUAUGGAAGAUGUGGAUAUGGAAGACGAGGAAGAUGAAGAAAAUUCUUCUAUAGAAAAUUCUUUUAAAAAUAAUAAGAAAAAAAUAAUAUUAAGAAAAUUAGAUUAUAAAUUAACAACGAAUAAGAUAAUACGUAAAGUAUUUAAUCAAAUAUUUACAGAUGCAUCAGCAUUUGUAGAUUUGAUAUUAACAACAAUACCAUCAUCAUUAGAGAAUAAUUUGAAUAAAUUUAUAUGUCAUUAUAGUGGUACACUUUAUAAGAAUUUGUUAAAUAGUGUUGGAAAUUGUGAUCCAUCAGGUCCAUUAAUAAUAUUUAUAACGAAAAAUUAUUAUUUUGAUGAUGGAUUUAGUUUAUUUGGUAGAAUUUUUAGUGGUACAAUAUUUAAAGGACAAAAAGUUAAACUUUUAGGUCCAAGUUAUACAUUAGAUGAUGAUGAAGAUGUUAUUAUACGUAAUAUUUCUAAUAUUUGGAUUUAUGAAGGUCGAUAUCGUAUUGAAGUUACUAAUAUGACUGCUGGGAAUUGGGUUAUGUUAUCUGGUAUUGAUUUAUCACAUUAUAAAAUUACUACUAUUGUUAAUUCCUCCAGUACGGUGCUUGGUCCAACAGAUACUAAUGGACCUAAUACUAUUACUAAUGGACCUAAUACUAAUACUAAUGGAGUUUAUAAUAAUAAGGAAGCCCCUUUCGGGGCUGUUGAUACUGGUGCCGUUGGAGCAAGCCCCGUAACGGAAGAACUAGAAUUAAUGAAAAUAAUAACAAAUAUAAAAUGUAUUAGACCAAUAUUUAAAAUAGGAUUAGAACCAUUGAAUCCAAAUGAAUUACCAAAAAUGAUAAAUGGAUUAAGAAGUAUAGAAAAAAGUUAUCCAGGUUCAUUAGUCAAGGUAGAAGAAAGUGGAGAACAUAUAAUACUUGGUACAGGAGAAUUAUAUUUAGAUUGUAUAUUACAUGAUCUAAGAUUAUUUGGUAAUUUAGAAAUUAAAGUCUCGGAUCCUGUUGUUAAAUUCAGUGAAACUAUAACUGAAUCCACUUCUCUCAUAACAUUUACACAUACAAAUAAUCUUAAAAAUAAAUUAUACAUGAUCUCACAACCAUUAGAAAGUAAUAUUUCUACUUUACUAGAUUCUACAAUAGGAGUUAAUAGUAUAAGAUUGGAUAGUGGAUUGAAUGGUAUGGGAUUGAAUGGUGGAUUGGAUAGUAUGGGAUUGAAUGGAGUUAAUAGAGGAGUUUAUAGAGGAGUAGGAAUGAGUAGUAUGGGUAUGAGUGGAUUGGAUAUGGAAUUGAAUAAAGAAUGGGAUAUAUUGGAUAUAAAGAAUGUAUGGUCAUUUGGUAAUGGUAUACCAGAUGUAUUAAUAAAUGAUACAAUACCUAAUGAAGUUGAUAUAAAUUUAUUAAAUCAUAUUAAAUCUUCUAUUAUACAAGGAUUUCAAUGGGCUAUUAAAGAAGGACCAUUAAUUGAAGAACAUAUUAGGUACUGCGUUACGGUGCUUGCAACAGCAGCUCCGAUAUCACCACUUACAAGCACCGUAACACCAAAUGUUAAAUUUCGAUUAAUAAAUUGUGAAUUAUCAAAUGAAUAUAUUAAUAUUACACCAGGACAAAUUAUACCAGCCACAAGGAGAUUAUGUUAUUCAUCAUUUUUAUUGAGUACACCAAGAUUAAUGGAGCCGAUAUUAUUUAGUGAAAUAUUUUGUCCAGCAGAUUGUGUAUCAGAAGCAUAUAAAAUCUUAUCAAAAAGACGUGGACAUGUACUUAAAGAUAUGCCGAAACCUGGUACACCUUUCUAUAUAGUACAUGCAUAUCUACCAGCCAUUGAAUCUUUCGGUUUUGAAACUGAUCUUAGAGUUGAUACAAGUGGACAAGCAUUUUGUUUAUCAAUGUUUGAUCAUUGGAAUAUUGUACCAGGAGAUCCUCUAGAUAAAUCAAUAAUAUUACGUACAUUGGAACCAGCACCAAUACCACAUUUGGCACGAGAAUUCCUAGUCAAAACACGUAGACGUAAAGGAUUAACAGAAGAUGUAUCAAUUAAUACAUUCUUUGAUGAAGAAAUGAUUACAUCAUUAGCAGAAAAUUUACAAGAAUUUUAUUAA